AUGGGCCACAUGUUCUCAAGGUCACCAACAAGGAAAAAUGAUCAUGCCCAGUAUCGCGCCGGCACCCCCUCAAGUACAGGCCGCCUGUCAGAUGAUACUCCAGCAUCAGUAAAGUCGGAACGACGAGGUUGGUUCUCAAGGUUGAGCGAUUCCAGCAGCAUGAGGUGUGAAAGCGUCACGUCGAAGUCAUUGGGCUCAAACUCACCAAAAUCUUGCGGAGAAUCCUACUUAGUCGACAGCUCAGUCGGUUCCCUGUCACUAUCACCUCUUUCGCUCAGAGGCUUUGAAGACGAACGACAAGAACACAUAGAGCCACAUCAACUGAGACCAUAUAACACCCAGUGGGACAAGUACAGAAGUGAUAGACCAUACCGCUCCGAUAGCAAAGAUACAAUAAUGCUUAACGAUGACAUAAUUGAAGUGGGCUACAGGUACCACACGGUUCCAUUCGCAUCAUCGUCGGACGACAGUGACUUUGAAGUAAAACACGCGAGCGGAAUAAACCUCUCGCAAGCAACAUACGACAAUAACAUCUGGUUCUACGACGAGGACUCAAACAAAGAUCAAAAACGAGUAGUGAAAGAGCGAAACUUUUUUAACAUAAGGAACAAGCUGAAUAGUAUGCAUAAGGCAUCGCAGUCGAAAGCCUUCAAGAUGAUAGGCCAGAGAGCACAGAAAAGUCCGCCGCAAAGACUGGAAUACUCUAAGCCGCUAGAAUCACCACAUCUAGAACCGUUUUCACCAAAGCCGAAACCAUCAAUUACCUCAAGAGAACAUACAGUAAUAAAACUGUCAAACCAAUCGGUGGAGGAGAAUGUCAUAUACGAUGUUGACCCAGACCACAAUAAGAGUGUGGAGGACGUAUUUUCAUUACCUCUGCUGAGAGACACGCCCUCUGCGAACAGACCAGAAUUAUUCCAGAAGAAGUUAAUAGCAUGCCAAACUGUGGUUGAUUUUGACCCGAAGAAACAGAUGCAGAAAGCUAUAGAGCUGAAACGCCAAGUGCUUCUUGACAUCGUGGACUACAUUAGUACAACCAGAAACUCAAUAAAUGAACGUAUCCUACUGGACGUCAUAGAUUUACUCUCAGCGAACGUGUUUAGAUCAUUGCCUCAAAACCCAAAGAAGAGAAACAUUUACGACUGUGAAGACGACGAACCGACACUGGAGAAGAGCUGGCCUCACCUCCAGAUAGUGUAUGAUAUAUUCCUCAGAGUGAUCGUCUCAAAUGACGUUACGUCGAAAAUGGCAAGAAACGCAAUAGACAAGACGUUUGUGCUUAAGCUGUUGGCAACUUUGAACUCUGAAGACCAGCGUGAACGCGACUACCUUAAGACCAUUCUCCACAGGAUUUACGGGAAGAUUGUUCCGCUUCGAAACUUCAUCAGAAAGGCAAUUGAAAACGUGUUCAUCCACUUUGUUUACGAUACCGAAGUCCACUAUGGAAUCACAGAACUUCUGGAAAUACUCGGAAGUAUAAUAAACGGAUUUGCAAUACCGCUAAAAGAGGAACAUAAAAUAUAUUUGAGGAAUGCUUUGGCACCUCUACAUAAGCCAAACUCGCUAAGGACGUACCACGCCGCCCUCACAUAUUGUAUGAUACAAUACAUUAACAAGGAUAGAACACUAUCUGCAACAAUACUCACAUGUAUACUAAACUACUGGCCGUCAACAAACACACAAAAGGAGAUCCUAUUUCUAAACGAACUUGAAGAAGUACUCUCACUCACAGAGCUUCCAGAAUUUAACCUGGUCCUCAACCAGCUAGUUAAACGGCUCAAGGUCUGCCUCUCCUGCACACACUUCCAAAUCGCAGAAAGAACACUUUAUAUGUGGAACAAUGAAAGGAUAAUGAGACUGUUCAACAUGUCAAAGGCAACAGUAUACCCUGCACUGGUGCCGAUCCUAAACGAAAACUCAAAUACACACUGGAACUCUGUAGUUCGCACAUUGUCAUUCAAUAUAUGUAAACUAUUAAACGAAACUGAUCCACAACUAUAUCAAAAGUCAAUGGAAUCCAACUCACUAGAUAUGUACGUUUUAAUAGAUAUUCUACCCUGA